UCUCUAAGAACCGGAGAGCGGCGAAGCGCGGGGCCCGUAGGCUGUGGCAGCAGGUGGUGUCACAGUGUCACGCCGCGCGUGAGCUCCCCUUGGCAGGAAAAGGGAAUAAACCGCUAAUGAGAGGGUGUCGAUGCUCCCAGCAGCACGGCCGUGGCCCGUUGCCCGAGGCAGUCUCUGCGAGGCUCCCUUCAGCGUGCUCAGAACACGCUCAGGGGGCUCAGUGCGAGGUACCUGCGGUGCUGUGCUUGCUCCCGGCCAUGCCGCUGCCGGAGGCGGAGCUGGUCCGCAGUUCGCUGCAGCUGUACCGGUACCUGCUGCGCUGCUGCCGCCGCCUGCCCCCGGGCCCCGUCCGCCAGCACUACAGACACGCCAUCCGCCAGAGUUUCAAAGUCCAUGCUGAUGAAGAUGAUCCUGAGCGAAUCCAGCAGAUCAUUAAGAGAGCCAUUGAAGAUGCUGACUGGGUGAUGAAUAAAUAUAAAAACCAGAAGUAGAAGAGGAAGGAUGAAGCCAAGAAGGACUUUGGUAAACAUCCUUAGAGGACUUGCUGUCAAGCCCACUACUAUAUGAGAAUUACUGCCUGAAGUUUUCUCUUGGAUAAUAUAAAUACAAUAAUUUGUAUUUCAUUGGGAUGUCAUGCAGCUAAAUUGUAUUUCUGAAGCUAUUUAAUUUUGUAAAUUGCUUUGUGUAGUCACAAACUUCUAAGUUAAAGCCCAGGCUUGCCUAACAUUUGAGUGACUUAUUCCAUUAUACCGUUAGGCUGGAUCGAGCCUAGCAGUGUGUGCUAAUGUUUGUUGUGCAGAUUCUCUGGGGACAAGGUUUCCCUGCAGCACUCGCCCUGGAUGUGGGGACUGAGCGUUUCAUUCUCAGUGUGUGUGACGCUGGUUAUGGCAGGCACUCUGCUGGCUCACCCCGGCCCUGCUGGGACAGUGGUGUUGUCAGAGUGCCCCUCUGGCCAUGUCUGUGCCUGCUGAGUGGGGUCUGUGUCCGCUGAGUGGGGUCUGUGCCCUCUGAAUGGGGUCUGUGCCCCUUCAGCCAGGUCUGUGCCUCGGACAGCACGCUCACUGUGUAAUGCUCUGCAGCUCAGAGGCUUCACAGCGCUUUGCAGCACGUAAUAAAUGUCCUUUAAACAGG